GCAUUGGAAACUACAAUCCGAGAAGUAGUAGCGGAAAUUUUCCGAAAAACAUGUUUGUAUUGUAGUUACAGGUGGAAAUUGUUGCAGAAUACACAAUCAUCAGCUUGUCAGACAUACAUAGACAAUCACAAUGUCUCAUCGGAAGUCAAUCAUCGUGACGGGUAUUCCCUCGGGUGCAAGCAGAGACCAACUGCAGAUAUAUUUUCAGCGCAGUUCAAACGGUGGUGGUGACGUCACCAGUGUAGUCUAUCCACUGAAUCCACAAUCAGAAAGCAUGAAAGAUGUUGCCAUGGUUACAUUUGACAAAGAAGAAGAUUGUCAAAGAGUGCUUAGCAAAGUACAGACCCUAAAUUCAACACUUUUGGAAGUGAAGCCUCUACCACCACAGGUUUUCAGUAACUUAUCGGCUACAGUGAAUGCUGAUUUGUUGAAGACAAUACCACCAGCUAAGGUUAAGAAUCUCAUUGAAUCUGUUCAACAAGAUUACGGAAUCCACUGCAAGUACAGAUUAGACGACUCAAAGUCACUCAUAAAAUUUGAACUCAAGGGUAACUGGCACCAGCUUUCUCUUGCUCAGAAGUUGCUACAGAAGUACUGUCCCAUCCUGGAUGAGGAAUCUUUGCCUGUUAAUGGCUAUGCUAGUUCUGAUGAUCCUAAGUCUCUGAGACAUGUCAGCAAUGGACCCGAUCAAGAACACAGUCUGGGACAGAGAUUGUUUGACCAAUCUCAACGUAAUGGACCUUUAUCUAAUGGUUACAGUCAAGAUCAACAACCUUCCUUUGAAACAUCAUCUAUCAAUGGAAAUAGAAGCAUUCCAGUAGACAGCCAGAACAGUGCACACAUGCUAAAAUCAAGAGAAGCUACUGGUCAACGACCAAGAAGUAGAGCUGGUCGGGUUAAAGGUUCAACUCUAUUUUCCAAAGUUUCUGAUCAUGGUGAUGCAAUAAUGGAACAAUCUGAGGACCAAAUGUCAUGGGACUUAGAACCAGACCAUGACACUGAGUUGCUGUUUUCCAGGCUUGACAGUGAUGUUGUUGAAGACAAGGUCGACCGGCUUGAGUCUGUGAGUAGUCCUGUUCCUGUUGAUGUUGAUUUCUACAAGUACCUGAAUCAUACACAGAGCCAACAAUUACUUUCAAUAGAGCAGGAGUUUGACGUGAAAUUUGUUUGUGAUUUGGGCAGUGAUGCAGGUAUUUUACAGAUCUUGCCUGGAUCUAGUAAUACAACUAAAGACCAGAUUCAGAUGGCCAAUGAGAGUUUCAUAGUACUGUACGAAAACCUAUUUCGUACAACAACAAAGUUUGACCUACUUCUUCCAACUGGUUUCCAACAUGCAGAUCUAGUAGAGAAGACAGUGGAAGAUACACACAAGAGAUACAGCAAGGUGUUCAUGAAAUUUGAGGAGGCAAAUCACUAUGCUAUGUAUGGUGACAAAGAUAUCCUUGAACGUGCAAAGAGCCAUGUUCCAAAAGCUGAUCAGCUAGAUGCAAACCAAUCAGAUUGGCUAGCUGAUGGAAGAAUCAGUCAAAACGCUCUGAAACGCAGCGUCACAAUUUUGAGUGAUGGCAGACGCGAGUUGUCCUUCUUAACAGAAAGUGGUAUCAAAGUACGACUUUAUUGCGCUGAUAUCACAAAGUUGAAUGUUGACACGAUCACCAAUGCUGCUCACGAACAGCUAAUCAACACUGGGGGUGUUGCUUACUCAAUUCGCAAAGCAGCUGGGCGUCAGUACCACCGUGAGUGUGAGGAGUACAUUGACAACCAUGGCCCUUUGUAUGUAACUGAAGUCAUCCACACUGGUGCUGGUGAACUGCCAUGUAAAGACGUGAUGCAUGCUGUUGGGCCAAGAUGGGAAGACUAUAAGAACAAAAUUGAAUGUUUGGACACAUUAAGAGCCACAUUUGUCAACUGUCUCAAGCAUGCUAACGAUCUUCUGCAAGCAACAUCAGUUGCUAUUCCUCCAAUCAGUGCAGGUAUCUUUGGUGUACCUUUGGAUAUGGUGGCACAGGGAAUGUUUGAUGCUGUGAUGGAAUUCAGUGAGAAGCAUUCUAGAGACAAGGGUAACAGGACACUCUCUGAUAUACACUAUGUUGAUUAUGAGAUGACCACAGUGACUGACAUGCGAAAGGUCUUCAUGGAAAACUUAAAGAUUAUGGCAUCUGGUGAACUCCCAGAGGCACGACUGGGUAGUUUAGUUGAUGUUAUGCCAGAAAGAAGUGCAUCACCAAUAGAAGACAUCCGCGCAAGACCUACAAGCCCCGUGCAGUCGACACAAGAACAAAUUGGGCGACCUGGAACUCCUCCUGUAUCAACACCUCCUGUUUGGUCAAACCAGGAGAGGAUAGAACGUCCAGGAACACCUCCAGUGAGAACAAGUCAAGAAAGAGUAGAACGAGCAGGGACACCUGUUUGGUCAAACCAGGAGAGGAUAGAACGUCCGGGAACACCUCCAGUGAGAACAAGUCAGGAAAGAACAGAACGAGCAGGGACACCUCCAGUUUGGUCAAACCAAGAAAGGAUUGAAAGACCAGGAACACCUCCAGUGAGAACAAGCUUGGAUGUUCCAAGAGCAAGCUCACCAAGACCUACUGAGGAUGUUGAUAGGAGACCAGCAUCACCCAGAGGAACCUCUGCAUUUAAACAGUUCAAAGUCACUGCUGAGAUAGACAAGUAUUUGCCGACAAGGUCUUUUACUUCCCCAAGGUCAGGUAUCUUUGGUGAACGGAUUCGGCCAUCAACUCGCCCUCUUACAGCUGAAAGGCACAGACGACAUCAAACAGAAAACUCUACUCUAAAACCAAUGAGAGCUACUCAUGAUGGAUUUGAUAGAGAUCGUCGAAUAGAUGAUAGUGAGCUUGGUGCUGUUGGUGGAGAUAAUGAGAAAGUUUUGGCAGCUUCUGAUAAAGAGGCUCUCGUUAGAGAGAUUCUGGAUGAACAUGAUCAUGGUCCUCUGACCAAUGAACGAUACUAUCAAACGCAAAGAAGACUGGAAAAGCUGUUACUAGAAGACGAAUUCUCACCAAUCAAAGGCAGUUCAAGACACCGAACCAGAAGUAUGGACCGUAGCAGACCACGUACAGCAGAUGUAAGUAGAGGCUCCUCGGGAAGAGCAUCUUCACUGGAUAGAAGGAAACCAUUAACAGGUUCACUUGACCUUGGAAGUACAGUCAGCAAACGAUGUCAGCUGUGCCGCUCCUCCAAAAAUCUGACUACUCUUCCAUCAUGCUCUCAUUACAUUUGCCGUACUUGUAAAACCAUGAGUACGAAUUGUUAUGACUGUUUGCAAACGUCAACCACACGUGACAAAGGAAAGCUAAAAGUUCAAGCAACAUCUUUUCAACCUUCCUUAACCAGAGCUGAGGCAAAGCAACGCCUUGCACAGAAACCGAAACGAAGCAGUUCUGCCAGUGCGCGAUUCGCCAAUACUCAAAGCCCAUUGGAGUGUCCAAUAUGUAUGGAGAGGGUCAGUGACCCCAAAAUGCUGCAGGAUUGCCAGCACACGUUUUGUAGAGCUUGCAUUGACAGGGCCUUAAAAGAUAAACCAGUCUGUCCAGUGUGUGGUCUCAUCUAUGGUACACUUACAGGCAGUCAACCAGAUGGUACUAUGAAUACAACUGUUGAUAAAUUACACAGUCUUCCUGGAUAUACAGGCUAUGGAACUAUAGUGAUUGUUUAUGAAUUCCCCGAUGGCAUUCAAACAGAAAAACAUCCCAAUCCUGGAAAAGCUUACCAGGGAACUAAACGUAGAGCAUAUUUACCAGACAGUGUACAGGGAAGGGAAGUCCUGAGGUUGUUGAAGAAAGCCUUCCAAAUGAAGUUGCUGUUCACUGUAGGACAGUCUGUGACAACUGGCCUCGAUAAUGUAGUUAUUUGGAAUGACAUUCACCAGAAAACAAGUCGACAUGGUGGUCCUGCGAAUCAUGGUUACCCGGAUCCAUUUUACUUACGAAGAGUGAAAGAGGAGUUAGCAGCAAAAGGUGUCAAGUAA